CAAGUUUUAAGUGAUCCAGUGCGAAGAGAUGCUUAUCAUUGAGAUGGAAAAAAUUACAUAUCUAGGACUACUUGUGGCCGUUUUUAGCCACAACAUUUUAAAGCCAUAUAGGGCACAUGACAAUCUAUGCACCCAGUUUGUAGUUCUAUGGCUCUGGAAACUAUUUACCUUUCACCAAUGGAACCCAAAAAUCUGUUGCUUGAUGUGGAUUGCUUGGUUGGAACGAAAUCGUCGUUCUUUUGAGAACACUGAGAAGACUUUGGAAGAGUUUAAGGUUUUAUGCCAGCGUAGUCUAUUUGAGUGGUUUGUUGGGGUUUUAUUGAUUGUUCUUCUUUCGCUGGGUUUAUGUUUUCCUGAUUUCCGUCUUCUUUGUUGUUUGUUUUAUCCUUUUCUUGUUGUUCAUCAUCAUGAACAAUUUGUAUUUUAACUUUCUAUUUUCAUU